AUGGCCAUCCUCAUCCGCGGCUUCACGGAUUGGCGUGCAUGGUGCCCUAUAUCAAACAAGCCGUGGAUGGCAAUAAACGACUUCGGACUCCAUGUGGGGUUUGGCCACGUUCGUUGCGAAAUUUCGUUGCUGGGGCAGAAGGCCACGUUGUUCGAUUUCAACUUUGGCAACAGAAAUGUCUGGUGGCCUCACAAAAUGGCGAUGGUGGCGCAGGGAAAAGUUCUGGACUUGAUGCCUCAGACUGUGAGAACAGUUGCUUCUUCACAUCACGAAGCUGUCCGGACAGUGUUCAGCGUCGGAUGGGAGUUGAUGCAUUGCCCCCACCGGGGCCACCACCAUCAAUUGAUCCAAUGUCUUGGCCGCUGGGUCCAUGCCCUCGCGCCGCCGCUGCACUGGAUGCCAGACCCCAUAAAGACCGUGGCGAAUGGCCAUAUCUUUCAUCUGUUGGGGGACCGUGUGAACAAGCUUGCCAACGGCGAGAUCAUGAGGCUCUUGAACGACCGUGUGAACAAGCUUGCCAACGGCGAGAUCUUGAGCCUCUUGCCGGACCAGGUGAAUAAGCUUGUCAAUGGCCAGAUCUUGAGCCUCCUGCCGGACCCGGUGAAACAGCUCGUCAAUGGCCAGAUCUUGAAUCUCUUGCCGAACCCGGUGAAACAGCUUGCCAAUGGCCAGAUCUUGAGUCUCUUGCCUCACUUAGUGCAGAGAGUUGCCCAUGGCCAGAUCUUGAGCCUUCUGCCCGCGCAUAUGCAACUUCUCGGAAGCAGCCAUCCGAAUUCUGUGGCGAACAUGGUCAAGAUGGGCACGGAGUUGAUGCAGUGCUCCGAGGCAGCAGCCGAAGGUGACGUGGUCCAGUGCCUGGGCUACAAGAUCAUCGGAAGUGUCCCUCCCCUGAACUUCUUGAACCAUUUGGGCGACAUCUUCGAGGAGUUCAUCGCGUCCUUUGCCAUGGUAGCCUCCAAGUUGGCGACUCAAGCGAUCAAGGGCGGGGAAUCCUUCCUGCAGACGGCGGCCACCACGGAGUUCCCCGCUGCCGGUGCUCACCCCGUGGUGCACCACAAAGGUGAAAACCUUGUCAUCACGAAGCACUCGCAGAAGAUGCCACGCAAACACGCCCAGCUGCUGCAAGAAAUGGCCAGCCUGGAGGCAAAAGGUGGCGAGCAAGACGACGACGAGCCGGCCGCCGUGUCAUGGAAAUUUUCAGGUGGCGGGCCUGAGACCCACGAGCUCGUCACACAGUUCAACGGCAGGGAGAUCGUGACCGGAUCCUGCCUGGCUUUCGCUCCCAGGAACAAGACCGGCCGCAAUAACCAAGCGACUCAACAGGAUUGGCAGGCAGCCACAGAGGACGACUUCGUGAAGCUGGAGCCUUGGGCGGUUCCUUGCGGAGCCGAGUGGCUCAAGAACAAAUGGGACAAGUGGCAAGGGUAUUCCUUCUACACGGUAGGCACGUCAAUCGAGGCGUGUCUGACAGUGACGUUCAGUCUGAGCAUGCAGCCCGUUGUGGCCUUCGUGGGCGGUGUCACAUUCAAUUUGCUGCCGGGUCCGUUGGCAGAGAUCGACACCCAAGUGUGCUGGCCGAGAUACCAGCCGGGCGGGCUUGACCUCAGUGUGCUGCGCUCCGAGAUCCGGUCCGUGAAUGGAGUCAUGCUGUUUAGCCGGACGCUUCGCUUGACGAAGCGGUUUGGCAGCGACACACACUUUACGGCUGAGAAUAUCCACGGGGGCCAUGAAACCUCGGAAAGCUUCUUCGGUGUGGGAUCGGCAGAAGGAGAAAGUGGAAAUGCCAUGGAAUACAUGUCCAGGGCAAAGACAUCACUACUGCAGGGCAACCACAGCAGGGCGCAGGCAAAGGCUAAGCUGAAGGAAUCCUUGUACUGGAAGGCAGAGGAGGACGACCUCUAUCUGGCUUCGGUGGAGAUCGAUAAGGACCUAGGCGUCAACAAGACCUCUGAAGCGCGAGGGCCUUCGGCCGGAGAACGCAUGAGUUCCCUCCUUCGCGAGGAGCAGGAGGAAACUUUCAAGCUGUUCGGCUUCAAGAACCCGGGCCAGGUGAACUUCGACAUUCAAGGCCUCUUGACGGGCAAUGACCUUUAUCUUGGCUUGCAGAUGGGUUUCGGCCACUACCAAAGCCCACAGAUGAAAGUCCACUUGUUCAACUUCGCGGAUCAGUUCGCCGCAAUUCUGGCAGGCGUUCCGAAUACGAUCAUCUCCGAAGAGAGCAGGGUCCGCGCCAUCGCCGCCUUGUACGACUUCAGCUACGCGGAUGUCGACAAGGUGCGGCGAACAUCCAAGGCCGUGACCGUGAAAGAUCCGGCCCCAAAGGCCAAGGAAGACGAGUGGUCCUUCGAGGUCAACUCCCCGCCCGUCGGCUCCGGUGUCACGCGGAAAGAGCGGCCUGCCGAGGAGCAGGAGCAGGUCCUCCGCGACUGCCAGGGCGCCCUUAUGGAGGGCAGCAGCGCGUGCUCCCAUCUGCAGGAGGCAGACUGCAGCAGCUACUUCGUGAGAAUCGGAGCGCGCUCGAUGCAGUGCGCCUGGCUGGAUGGAAGAUGCUCGACCAUGGGCGCCCCGUGCCAGACAACUACCACCACCACAACAUCGACCACAACCACAACGACAAGCACAUCAACAUCGACCACCACGUCGACAAGCACGACGACAACAACGACGUCGACAUCGACGACCACAACGACCACAAGCACAUCGACCACAACCUCCACAACCACCAGCACAAUAACAUCGACCACAACGUCAACAUCGACCACAACAACAUCGACCUCAACAACCUCGACCUCAACAACAUCGACAAGCACGUCGACAAGCACGACCACGAGCACGGUCACGUCAUCCACGUCAACAUCGACCACAACCACCACAGAGACCAGCACCACCACGACGACUACAACAUCCACCACCACAAGCACUACUUUGGAGGCUGAGGCGGAUCUCGAGGAAGGCUUGGACUGCGAGUACUUCUACAACCAGGCGCAGUGCCACAUCUCGGAUCUGUCGGCCUUGACAUCUUCCCAGAGAAUGAUCUUGCCGGAGAUCUUCAUGGAGCACGGGCAAUUUCCCGGAGUGAAGCAGCCCGACAAUUUCUGCAUCAGGUGCACAGGUCACCUGAUCACGAGAAGAUCGGGCAACUACAAGUUCUUCUUGAGCUCGGACGACGGAUCUGUCCUGUACCUGAACGGCCAGAAGAUCGUGGACAACAACGGCUGCCACGGCGAUCAAGAGAUGUCAAGCAACGAGAGGUUGCUGGAGAUGGGUGUCCACAACCUGGUCGUGGACAUGUGCGAAGUGGGCGGUGGUGAGGUCUUCAAGAUGCGAUACCAAGGGCCGGACAGCGACAACGACAAGGUUACAGUGCCCAAGUGGGCGCUCAAGCACCGGGUUCAGGAGCUGGCAGACGGCUUAGAGUGCGACUACUUCUACAACAUGGCGCAGUGCAGCAUCCCAAACCUCGCAGCGCUGACACCGGCACACAGCAAGAUUGUGAAACAGAUCGACCAGGGGCUCCACGGAUGGGGCAACCUCGGCUCACGACAAGGGGAUAAUUUCUGCAUGAG